UCUGAGGCUACGAAGCUUGAGUGUGGAUGAUUGAUAUAUCAACCCUAGGCUGUCGCGCUCGUCUUUAUCACUUCACGUAAAAGGGUUUACACUGUCCCUGGUCGACACAUUCUUUCUCCUGGGUGAAAAUUGUAUUCCGAGACCGUAUAUAUGACUGCUGCUUUCUCCCGGGCCAGGGCUAAACCACCCUGCUGGUUGUUCUCACCGCUGCUGCUGCCAGAUAUUAAGAUACACCUUCCCGACAUCCCCUCAUCUUCCCAAAUUUUCGGUCAUGUCAUCCUAUACCCCACAGACAGAUUUGUCACUUGAACGGUCUCGUCUUAUCGGAAUAAUUCUGGGAGGUGUAUCCUACGGCGUAUACCUUCUCCUUACUGUACAAGCGGUGACUGCUCUCAUGCAACGUCCCCGACGUGGGCAGAAAAUUGCAAACAAUCGUCGCAUGCUUCUUUGUUACACCCUCAUCACGUUCGCACUUUCGACGAUAUGCUUUGCUUGCAGUACCAAAUAUACCGAGGUGAUCUGGAUAACCCUUCGCGAUGCACCUGGUGGACCCGUUGCGCUGAUUGAGAACUCAAUGCACUACCGUAUCAACUUUGUGGCGAUACUCUGUGGUUACGUCGCGGAGUGGUUCAUGCAAGCACUGCUCCUUUACCGAUGUUUCGUGCUAUGGGAUUGGGCGAGACAUGUGAUGAUCCCCAUGUUCGUCGUCUAUAUCGGCAUGAUUGCAGCAGCCAUCGUCGUGUUGGUCCAGGCGGGCACCGGGGCUUCAUUUUACACUAUCAACGCCACGCUUGCAUACCUCGCCUUCUUAGUGGCAAACACUGUGCUUUAUACCAUUCUCGUGGCGAAACGCCUGCUCUCCAUACGAAGCGAGAUGAAGACGGCGUUGGCUGAAUAUGACUCUAGCAUCUAUGAUACCAUCAUCCUCAUGGUCGUCGAGUCCGCCAUGGCAUACACUGUCUUCGUCAUCAUCUUCAUAGUUGCAUUUGCUGUGCAUUCAGACACUGUUUCCACGCUAUGCUUCCUAUCCAUUUACCAAGUUCAAGGCAUUACGCAGUUGUUCAUCAUCAUACGCGUGGCACGAGGGAGGGCAGUUACCCAUGCUUGGUCGACCCGAAAUGCUCCAGCGGCACCUACGACUCUGGCGUUUGCAGGGACCACAUCAGAAGGAACCAACGCAACUACGCCAGAGCAGGACAGUGCCAGUGAAUCGUGUUCUGUUUCGGCAAAGUCGGCAGAGGCAAAUGUAUAGCGUACCACAAGCGUGCCGUACUUGAUUUAUUCCCUAACUUUACUUAUAACCUCUUUGUAAUUUUAUAGUCAAUUUCUAGUUUCAAUUGAUUACCACUUUACUUAUGAUAUGCGGUAGGUAGAUAAGUACUGUCCACAAAUACAUCCGUCGU